AUGUCACUCCGAAGUCUUUUGAGAGUGUUUGCUCUGCUGGCGCCUUUGACAGCCUCGACGCCAUCCCCUGACAGUCUUAACUCGGACCUGACAAUCCUGCUCGAUAAUAAUUUGCAGGGUGCUAGCAGCCCGACAGCAGACUCAGGAGUGAUUGUUCUCAGCCCCAGGGCCUAUCAAGAUGCCGUCUCGGGCUGUCAAGAGUUGAGCGAGGAACUAUGGUCACCUGCUCUGGGCACAGCCAACAUUCAAGCGAAUCUAGACUACUUUGUUUAUGAGGGCAAGGCGCAAAAGAACUCGAGCUUUUGGAUAGCUGCCCAGAGCAAUCAAACUCGUGCUCUCAGCGCCUCAGGACAGGUUACAGCAGUAGAUCCUAGCCAAAAACUAAACGUUCUUUGCACACAAACGGCACCCUUUGCGAACUCUUCUUCUACAGAUACCAGCGCCGAGUGGCAAGUUUCCGUGCAUUCGAACAACGAGGAUCUCAUCGGUUUUCGCGAUCGGACUGCUUUUCGCUUCUAUGGGAUUCGUUAUGCACCCCAGCCAGAACGGUUCACAUACUCCGUGCCGUACACGGGAUCCAAUACCUCUGUCUCAGCUACGACCUUUGGCUCCGAAUGCGCCCAGGGAACGGCUGGAUCCGAGGAUUGCCUAUUCCUGAACAUAUGGACACCUUACCUGCCGAGCCAGGAUAGCAAGAGCGACAAGAGUGCAUUGAAGCCCGUGAUGUUUUGGAUUCAUGGUGGUGCGUUCACAGGUGGUAGUGCAAACGACCCUACAUUCGACGGCGGCAGUGUUGCCUCCCGAGGAGAUGUUGUCUUGGUUGCAAUCAACUAUAGGCUGUCGACGCUCGGGUUCCUUGCCCUCGACGAUGGGGUCACCAACGGGAAUUUUGGUCUCGCUGACCAGAUCAAUGCUUUGGACUGGGUGCGCGCCAAUAUCCAAGAUUUCGGAGGUGACCCAGACCGUGUCACGCUCAUCGGCCAGUCCGCUGGUGCAGGUUCCGUCCGGGCGAUCAUGGCCUCUCCAGAGGCAGAGGGAAAGUUUGCUGGAGCGAUCCCAAUGUCCAACCUGGGCGGCCUUAACUACGGGACGACUUACUCAGAAUAUUAUACCAUCGAAGAAGAAGUCAAUGUGGCAGCGAAUGCAAUCUUAGCCGCGACGAACUGCACGGAAGCAGAGUCGCAGGUUGAUUGUCUCCGCGCCAUACCAGCGAACACACUUACAAGCCUAAGCACAGUGGCACGCUACGUAGUCGUGGAUGGGACUUACAUCACCACGCAGAAUCUGACACUGACUGGGCCCGAGGCUCCAUACAAGCUGAUGAUGGGAGUCAUGAGAGAGGAUGGCGCGCCAUUCGUCCCUUACCCGACUACGACGAAUGAGACAGAGUACCUGACGGCCAAUGGCUGGAAUAUACCACAAUCCACUCUGGAUGAAUUGUUCCCGCUCCCUGCUGGCGCAAAUCAGACUCUCAACCUGUAUAACGUCACCUCGCGCAUAGCAACGGACGGCAUCUUCAGGUGUGCUGACGAGGCUACGGUUUUCUCAGGCCUCGAGAGUGGAAAGUACAGCUCGGUCUACUAUUAUGAGUUUGAAAGAUCGUACCAAACAAGCGGUUACCCUGGAAUUGACGUCUGCCAGCCGCCCAUCACCGCCGAUCACCCAUACGGGGAUCCCAGUUUGCCCUACUUGAGGUGUCAUUCUGGAGAGCUGUACUACGUGUUCGGAAACGUGGCAUUCGAGGGCCUCCCGGAGCGUGACGACAACGACCUUCCAUUCGAGCAAUUUGCACUCGACUCUUUUACAUCCUUCGUCAGGACGUACGAUCCCAACCCUGACCGGGCCUUCCUCGAAGCCAGACACUACACCAACACCAGUAUGGAGCUCGAUAGGACGGGGAGUUGGAGGCCAGCUACGCAGGGGAACCUGACCCUACGAGCACUGACAUGGGGGUCGUAUCAGGACUCAUUCAGGGAGUCACAGCAAUGUGAAGCGCUAGGGGUGCCUCUGACGUAUUGGGAAUGA